CGGAUACAAAUCGUAGUGUAAUUUGGCAAUUUGUCUGGAAGCACACGAUGUCAGGAACACCAACGUUCGAGCCGGAAGCGGUCAUCUCGGCAGCAAAGCACCAGAUCAUCUCGAGCAACUACAAAGAAGUCGACCAAGCUCGGUCCACCGUGUUCUCCAUCUUGGAGAAAUGCGACGAACUCACGUCCAUCGCGCUAUACUUGCAGUUUGCGGACCUGGAGAUUGAACUGCGCCAAUUCAAGCAAGCUACCAAAGUGCUGGAGCAAGCUGUGGUGACUCGCCCGUUGUCCCUUGCCCUCUGGAAGCGGUAUGUCGGGUUUUGCUUGGAGCGUCAAAAGCACAGCAAUGCGAAGAAGCUUGUUGUGCGCGCGAUCGAACUCCUCCCGACCGAAAAUCAUGCCGAAUUAUGGGGCCUAUUGGAGCAAAACGAGCACACGAAAGGAGAUGUUGAAGUUCUAAAAGCUCAGGUUGCAGCAGGGGCAACCCUUCUCGCGCCGACUCCUCCAGUUGUGGCGCCAGCGUCCGCCCCACCCACUAGCACUGCAGGUGCCGUGGCUCCAGCCGCUGCGCGCUCCACCCCUUCCAUCGAACCCCUAGAACAUAAAACUGCCCAGUACUUCGACAAGCUCCCGCUGACUCUCCCAGUGACCCCCGACUGUCCGCAUCUACUCUUCGACCCGAUCGAUUCCUCUGUCCAGUUGUCGUCCAACGUGCUCUACCAGCUCGAAGACUUUACGCGGAACGAGAGGGUGUUUGGCGAAGUUUUGCGGCUGUAUGAAAGCCAGCGCCAGAAAGAAGUGGACACACUCUAUCGCUGGCAAGACCUCAUUGCGAUGCAGAUGAAAGAAGGCAGCGAACUCUACCGCCGCCACCACUCGUCUGGCGCAAACUCGGCCGAAUCGGAGAACCUCAUCCAGCGCCAUGAAUUCACCCUACGCGCGGCUUCGUCGCAGGCGCAAUUCAUUGAGAUCACUGCCAUGGACCGCAGCAAUCAGCUCGUGGCGCAGCAACGGGCGUUGGAAGCGCUGCGAGUGCCGACGAUGUCCGUAUCGAAGGAUCCGAACCUUGUGACGCAGCAGCGCCGAGUGAUUCUGUGGCUCCUGGAGGCCGAACGGGCGUGGAGUCAGUCGCAGCAACAACCGCGUACAAGAACCGCCGUCGACCCUCGAGACCUCCGCCGUUCAUCGCCAAGACCAGCCGAUGAGCUCUUCCACCCGUACGCUUCCCGCGGACGCCCCCCCAUGCAGCGCCCCAUGGGAGGUGGUCGCGGUCGAGGAGGUCGCCGUUGAGGUUACCAGAGUAAACACCAUCCAAUCUAGGCUGAUGCCAAUUCUACUUCGUUGAAUCAAACGUUGUGGUUCGGAC